UCUGUGGGAAGGUUUUACGGGAUCAGUGGUGUGCUGCAUGGCAUGGAGUGUUGCAUGUUUACAAAAUCAGAUCACUACGAUUCAAAAUAGUUAGCCAACAUCUUAUUCAAACAAACUCAAGAAAAAGAGGCACACAGAGCUUCAUUAGUUUUGCAGGAAAUGAUUAUACCUCAUAUGUUUGAAUUAAUUGUAUAAAGGCUUUUUGCAUGAGCGUUAAUGAGAACUACAGUACAGCUUUUAUUACACAAUACCACACUCCAUUUACUGUGGCCAAUCUAUAUGGUGUGUGUAGUGAAACCUACACUCAUCCCAUUUAUAACCAUCUAAAAUUACGACACACACUUUUAGAAGUACCAUUAAAUUCCAUUUGGCUUUUGUGGUUCCACUGAAUGAAAAGUGAAAGAUGGAAAGUUUGUAUGAAGAGGAAGAGUGGGAUGAAGAUGAAGCAACGCAAUACAUGAUUGAGCAGAGUCUGUUAGAAUGUGGCAAGUGCAGAGAUGGAACUCCAAGGUAAAACUCCACAUGACAUUAUCCAUGUUUACAAGAUAUAAUGCAUACUUGACCAAGAAAAUAGACCCACUUGUGUUUUUUUUUCACAGUGAUCCUACAUUGGAAUUCAUUGACCAUGAAGAGGUUUUUACUGCCAUAUGUGCAGGAAAUGAGGAUGCCUUGCUGAUGCUUGUGAAGCACAAGGAAGCCAUGACUAUGGCAGACAAUAGGGGAUGGAUCCCUCUGCAUCAAGCAGCAGUACAAAAGAAUAGGAACAUUUUGGAGAUCACUUUUUCAGCAUCUCCUCGGGGGGCGUCUGAGUGCCGCACACUAAAAGGAGAGACUCCUCUAUUUCUUGCUGUUGUGAACGGUCUCCGAGAGAAUGCUACAUUCCUGCUUCAGUAUGGUUCCAACCCUGAUUGUCAGAAUGCAGAUGAGGACUCUGCAUUAGUUGCGGUCAUAAAGCAUAAUCAAUACGACAUGGCCUCCCUUCUUCUACGUUAUAAUGCUACAGUGGACCAAAAAGGGAGCCUUCAGAGAACUGCUCUGCAUGAAGCAUCUCUCUUGGGCCUAGAGGACUUUGUAUACCAGCUUCUCCAAGCUGGUGCAAACCCAGAUGCCUGUGAUACCAGUGAACGCACACCUUUAGGCCUUGCAGCCCAAGCUGGGCAUCUAAAUGUUGUGGAAAUUCUACUACAGAAAGGGGCCAGCAUAUGGCCGAAGCUUCACUCUGUAGAGUCUGUUUCAGUGCUGUUUGAAGCGGCAGCAUCUGGAAACCCUGAUAUAAUCUCGCUGCUGUUAGAGUAUGGAGCUGAUCCCAACACUCCGACACACACGGGCCAUCUACCCAUUCAUCGUGCUGCUUAUCGAGGCCAUCUCCUGGCACUGGAACAGCUAAUCCCAGUAACUAAAAAAGAGGCCAUUAAGGAGAGCGGCAUGAGCCCAUUACAUUCAGCUGCUGCAGGUGGACACUCUCAGUGUAUUGAACUGCUCUUGAAUGCAGGGUUUGACCCCAACUUCAUGCUUCAUCCGCGGGUGCGCAGAAACUACGAGGAUGAGCGCAGAUCAGCACUUUAUUUUUCUGUGGCAAACAGUGAUGUGCAGUCAGCGAGGUUACUGCUAAAAGCUGGUGCUAUGCCAAACCAAGACCCUGUCAACUGUCUGCAAGUAGCAAUGCGCCUGGGUAACUAUGAAUUAAUCAACACGCUCCUGCGCUAUGGAGCGAAUGUGAACUACUACUCACGUGUAAAUACGACACACUUCCCCUCGGCCCUACAAUAUGCAUUAAAGGACGAGGUGAUGCUCCGGAUGCUGCUAAACCAUGGCUAUGAUGUCCAGCGCUGCUUUGACUGUCCCUAUGGCCAGGGAUCUCAUGUCCCUGUGGACUACGAGGGCUGGAGCGCUUCUGUGAUAAGAGAUGUAGUGUUCUGUGAAGUGAUAACAGUGUCCUGGCUCAAGCACUUUACAGGCCAGGUGGUAAGAAUCUUGUUGGAUUAUGUCGACCAUGUCAGUUUUUGCUCCAAACUGAAGAGUGUCCUGGCAGAACAGAAACAGUGGCCAGAAAUAUGCAACAUUCAAGAAAACACCAGAAGCCUGAAGCAUUUAUGUCGACUUAAGAUCCGUGAGUGUCUUGGCCGUCUGCGCCUUAGGGCUCCAGUUUUUAUCGGCUUUUUACCUCUGCCGAACACCCUGAAGGACUAUAUUCGGUUCAAAGAAUAUGACAUUUACAGCAAAGGAACUUAACCCAGACAAAAGCAUUUUAUUUUUUGUCUCUGUAUGGUUUUAUUGUAAUUGGCAGAUGUUACCACAUGCCACAAUUGAUUGUUUAUUGUGUACUCUUUUAUUUGUUUAGAAUGUAGGUUCUGGAUUAUUUAUUUAUCAUAGUUCAUCAAAAUGUGUACAAUGCAAUAUAUUUUUAACCAGAGUUUACUGAUAAUUCUGAUAAUGUCCAAGUGAAUUAAUUUUUUUUGUCAAUCAUCAAUGCAGUACUUAUAUAUGCAAUCCAAUAUCCAUGGAGCAAAAGUCAACUUUUCCUUUUGCUACUAAUACAAUUUGAAAUUAUAUAAACAUUAUGUAGAAAUGUUUAAGCUUUUUUCAGAACAAGUAUAGAUCUAUCUGAAAAUAAACCAGUUUAGAAACUUUUUUAAUCUUUUAACCUGUCUCCCACAAAUCUUACCUAAUGUACCUAAUGUAAGACAUUUAUCUGAAAAGUGUAUAUGCUUUUUCUACUCACAGCAUAAUC